GGCCCACUGCGAGCGAAUGUCCUUUCGCGCGCUAUUCUCAAGCUAUUAGUCCAUGCUGUACCAUCAUCUGUACAACAAUUUAUGUUUUCAUCGAUUGCUUACGUAUUCAGUGACCUAUUAAUUGUAAUCAAACAUUGACAUCCCUGUGAUUUACAACCACUCGGCAUCUUAAUGUGACGUGAGACUCUAAUCUGGUGAAAUUCGUGACCACAAUUGUCAGCUAUAUUACAAAAUAUCCAGCGACUGGGUUUUAAAAUGUGGCUUUAAGUUUAAUAACAGUUUAAUAACUUGCAGUAUUAAGUUUAUUUGUUAUUUAGUGGUUAUGUGGGCAGUGUAAACGUGUGUUGGAUACGUAAGUCUUGUGUACUUAAGCGCAUGGUGGCCUCAAUGGGAUCACCUCUUGUAGUUAUAGCACCCGGAGAAGAGUCAACAUUAUCAGCACCUGUGCCAGAGUCAGUUUCAUCUGUCGUAUUAUCAUUAGCAUCACAUUACCAGCCAAGUCAACAUCAACAGCUUCAGCUACAGCUACAGUUUCUACAUCAUCACAAUCAACAGAAUCAGCAUCAUCAUCAGCAUCAGUACCAGCCGCUACAACAACACGACCACCAGCUGUACCACAAGAAACGUCAUCAGUGUGUAAUUGACACAAUUACCCGGUGAUUACUCGUAUUGAGCAUUUGAACCAGUGGGUUAUUUAUAAAAAACCUUCCAUCGAAUACAAAAUUUGAAAUUCAAUAUGGAUGCGAUUAUGAUCAUCGGAAUCUGUUUCUUCUGCUACGAAUUUUGUGAUCUCAUCAGACGAUACACGAUCCCAAUGACAAAUAACUCACAAGACUUUCGAUCAUCGACUCCUCCGCCGAGUAUUUACUCAAUUUCAAACAAAAUACCGCAAAACUCACCGGAAUGCUGCUCCCAGUAAACUUAACACCAAAUUAACCCUCUUCCUUAAACUUUUUUCGACCUCAUUAGCUCAUUACGGGGAUGACUAUUGAGAUUUUCGUUACCCCAAUGAUUGAUGGGACUUGAUAAAUUAUUUCUUUACUAUAAACGCUGAUGAUUUUGUGGUAAAGUUUUAUCAUAUCAAGAUCAUUAGGAAAUAAAAUGUAAUAAGGAAGUAGAGGAAACACGGAGAUUUAAACUUGACUAUCAUUUUCGUCUCGGGGGUCUCGUGAGUGAUAUUGAAUGAGGUCUGCAAACUCAAGUGAAACUACUCGGAAGUGAGUGCUGACAUUCUCGUUCGCUCGUUCAUUCGUUCGUUCGUUCCCCUGCUCUAAAGUCCGUACAGCUUUUAACAUAAUGAUUGAGUGAUUUAGAAUUGUGUUUGUUUACCCGAGGAUUUAAUCCAACUAAUCAAUUGUGUGUUUAUGUACGUCAUUAAAAAUCAAUUGACCUAUUAUUUAUUGGAUACACCAGUUAUAUAAAGUUUUAACUACAAUGUAAUGGUCGCUGUUGUUUUCCCUCUAUUUGGUUCAACGGCUCGCACUUUGUGCACCAGAAAUGACUUGGAGGCUCCAGUAAACGAUUAAAUCUGAUUGUGUUUGAUGAAACACUCGAAGCAGCUGCUUUAUUUACUCGUUCUGUUGGAUGAGGAAUUUAUUGGAUCCAGUUUUCUCUUGGAUGGAUUAAAAAAAUCAUUUGAAAGUUGAAGCGCAAUGGAAAAUUUUAGCUUUCCCGGCACUCGGAAAAGUGUUGAACCAUUUUGUUACUAUUCCGAUCAUUACAAUGAUAAAAUAUCUGCAUUAGAUGAAACUUUUGGUGAUUAAAAGGCAUAAAAAAAGAGUAACCAUAAAAAGUUAACCAAGUAAAUCCAGGCAUGGACUCACUGGAGCGACUGAUGAGUUCAGCUCCUCAUUCUUCAGCCUUAACAGCGGCAUCUCGCACCCAAAAUGCAUUUGUGCAAGCGAGCUUGUGUUCCGUUAUUGGACGUAAAGGACGUCAUUUAACUGGAACAUUUUGUCUGACUGGUGAUACUAUGGAAGGAAUAAUUCAAUGUCUUGUUUUCCUUAAAGCUUUCUCGCUUGUCGGCGGUGAAUUUGAUAUGGAACUAAAUUUUGUCAUUCAGGAUGCCCAAAAUAUCAGACAUAUGCUGGAAUUACUAGAUCACUGUCCGCCAAAUCUUCAGGCGGAAAUAUGGAGUGUCUUCAUUGCGAUACUGAGAAAAAGCGUGAGAAAUUUACAGGCAUGCACAGAUGUCAGUCUUAUAGAGCACGUUCUCCAUCGUUUAUCUCGUGCAGAAACAGUUGUUGCAGAUUUAUUGAUCGAUAUGCUCGGCGUGCUUGCAAGCUACAGUAUAACUGUUAAAGAAUUGAAGCUGCUAUUCGGCGCAAUGAAAGCGGUCAAAGGAAAAUGGCCAAGACAUUCAGCUAAAUUGCUAAACGUACUUCGCCAGAUGCCACAACGUAAUGGACCAGAUGUAUUUUUCAGUUUUCCCGGUAGAAAAGGAUCUGCUAUUGUGUUACCGCCGAUGGCGAGGUGGCCGCAUGAAAGUGGUUUCACAUUUACCACGUGGUUCCGACUCGACCCUAUAAACUCUGUCAAUAUCGAGAGAGAAAAGCCUUACCUUUACUGCUUUAAAACAAGUAAAGGAGUUGGUUAUUCAGCCCAUUUCGUUGGUAAUUGUUUGGUGCUUACUUCAAUGAAAGUUAAAGGCAAGGGCUUCCAACAUUGUGUCAAAUAUGAAUUUCAACCGAGAAAAUGGUAUAUGAUUGCGAUAGUGUAUAUAUACAAUAGAUGGACGAAAAGCGAAAUAAAAUGUCUAGUAAACGGCCAAUUGGCUUCAAGUACCGAGAUGGCUUGGUUCGUUUCAACGAAUGACCCAUUUGAUAAAUGUUACAUCGGAGCAACACCAGAAGUUGAUGAGGAGCGCGUAUUUUGUGGUCAAAUGAGCGCCAUCUAUUUAUUCAGCGAAGCCCUUACGACACAUCAGAUUUGUGCGAUGCACAGAUUAGGGCCUGGAUACAAAAGUCAAUUCCGGUUUGAUAACGAGUGCUACCUGAAUCUACCUGACAAUCACAAAAGGGUGAGUGAUGAGCUGGAUAAUUCGAGCAUGGUCGACCAAAGUAUGCAAACUGUACUGUACGACGGCAAGCUGUCCAAUGCAAUUGUGUUCAUGUACAAUCCAGUGGCGACAGACUCUCAAUUAUGUUUACAAAGCGCACCAAAGGGUAAUGUCUCGUACUUUGUUCACACUCCACAUGCGCUCAUGUUACAGGAUGUCAAAGCGGUUAUAACGCAUUCCAUACACAGUACACUAAAUUCCAUCGGUGGAAUCCAAGUAUUAUUCCCAUUGUUUUCACAAUUGGAUAUGUCCUACGACUGUAUAGCGCCCAAUGACAUCAAACGUGACCCAAUGUUAUGUUCGAAAUUACUAGGAUUUAUUUGCGAUUUGGUUGAAACUUCGCAAACAGUGCAGCAGCAUAUGGUACAAAACCGUGGAUUUUUAGUUAUCAGUUUUAUGUUACAACGUGCGAGUCGUGAGCAUCUUACGACGGAAGUUCUUGCGUCAUUUUUAGAGCUCACUAAGCAUCUGGUCACGUGUCUCAGUGCUAAUAGUGAUUUAUUAUUGAAACAGAUGUUUUACUUUUCAUUCCUGACAUGGCAGCUACUGGACCACGUGCUGUUCAACCCCGCGCUGUGGAUCUACACACCCGCGCCCGUACAGACGCGACUCUACUCUUAUUUGGCGACAGAGUUUCUCAGCGACACCCAGAUAUACUCUAACGUACGUCGCGUCUCCACGGUCCUGCAAACUGUCCACACUCUCAAGUAUUAUUACUGGGUCGCUAAUCCGCGUGCCAAGAGUGGAAUUACUCCCAAAGGUUUAGAUGGACCACGUCCUCAGCAAAAAGAUAUCUUGACAAUUAGGUCAUGCAUUUUACUAUUCCUCAAGCAACUAAUAAUGAUCGGCAAUGGCGUGAAAGACGACGAGCUCCAGUCAAUCCUUAACUACCUGACAACAAUGCACGAGGACGAAAACCUCCACGACGUUCUCCAGAUGCUGAUAUCCCUAACAUCUGAGCAUCCAUCUUCAAUGGUCCCCGCAUUCGACUCAAAGCAAGGAGUCCGCACAAUCUUCAAGCUUCUCGCCGCCGAGAGCCAACUAAUUCGUCUCCAAGCUCUCAAACUUCUCGGAUUUUUCCUUUCUCGCAGUACUCACAAGCGGAAAUACGACGUAAUGAGCCCCCACAAUCUCUACACUCUUCUUUCCGAGAGGUUGUUACUCAACGAAGAAACUCUGCUUCUGCCAACGUACAACGUCCUCUACGAAAUAAUGACCGAGCACAUAAGCCAGCAUAUUUUGUACACCCGUCACCCCGAGCCCGAGUCUCACUACCGCCUUGAGAACCCAAUGAUUUUAAAAGUCGUCGCGACUCUAAUCCGCCAAUCGAAGCAAACAGAACAACUGCUCGAUGUCAAAAAAUUAUUUCUCUCAGACAUGACUUUACUCUGCAACAACAACCGCGAAAACCGUCGCACUGUCUUACAAAUGUCUGUCUGGCAAGAAUGGUUGAUAGCGAUGGCAUACAUUCACCCAAAAAAUACCGAGGAACAAAAAAUAUCAGACAUGGUCUACUCAUUGUUCCGUAUGCUGCUGCACCACGCAAUCAAACAUGAAUAUGGCGGCUGGCGAGUCUGGGUUGACACUUUAGCUAUCGUACAUUCAAAGGUAUCCUAUGAAGAAUUCAAAUUACAAUUCGCCCAAAUGUAUGAACAUUACGAAAGACAGAGGUCGGACAAUAUCACCGACCCAGAAGUGAGGCAACAGAGACCCAUCAGUACCAUUUCUGGAUGGGAACAACAACUUCCGGCGAGCAAUGGAAGUAUCAAUGGCAAUGGCGCCAUUGAUAAUGGGAGCGAUGGCGGGUACAGGAACUGGAAUGAAGAUCAUGCGAUUGAAAGAAAUUAUAAAGAGUAUGACGCCAUCGAAGCUAAUGAAGUUGAGUCCAAUGAACGAAUGGAAGAAACUUGUAGCUGCGAUUUGAAUUCAAUUGAUAACACGGAAGAAAGUGAUGGCAGUCCGUCAAUUGUCAUCAAGUCGCGGGAUGUUGUUUCGUUGGACUCGAGGUUAAGUGAAAUUGAGAAGACUGACAGCUGCGGUAUUGAUAACAAUGGGGAUGGUAAUUUCGCUGAUGAUGACUGCCCACGUGAGUUGGCGAGUGAGGAUGAAAAGGCGGAGAAAGAAGGGGGUGAAGAGGGAAAAGAUUCCGAGGAAGGAGUUGAAGAAGAGGUUAAAGGGAGUGAUAAUUUGGAGGUUAAAAUUGAGGAGGUUAUCGAUGGUAAAGAAGAAAUAGAGGAAAAUGUUGAAGAAAAAAAUAAAGAAGAAGUUGAAGAAAAUGUUAAAGUGGAAGUUGGAGAAGUUAAAGAGGAAAUUAAAGAAGAAAUCAAAGAAGAGGUCAAAGAAGAAAUUGUGGAAAAGGUUGAAGAAGAAGUUAAGGAAGAGGUUGAAGAAAUUAAGGAAGAGGUCAAAGAAGAAAUUAAAGAUGGAGGAAAUGAAAAAGUGAAAGAAAAAGUAGAAGAAGUUAAAGAAGAAAUAGAAAAAGUUGAAGAAUUAAAUAAUAAAAUAAUUGAAGAUAAUAAAGGAGACAAUCAAACAGACGUAAUUGAUAAUACAAAUAAUGAUAAUGAAAUUUUAAAAGAAAUAAUUGAAGAAAAGAUUGAAGAUAAUUUAGAAGAAAAAAAAGAAGUUAAUGAAGUAGAUGUAAUUAAUGUAAUAAAAGAUGAUGAUGUAGAAAAGAUUGAGGCUAAAGAGCUGGAAUCAAAUGACGUGGCAUUAAAUGUAGAAAAUAAAGAAGAAGAAGAAGAAGAAGAAGAAGAGACAAAUAAAUCAAGUGAUUUAAAAGAGAGUAAUGAAGCAGUGGAGGCUCUUGUAAUUGAUAAAGUUAAUGGGGAUGUUAGCAAAGAAGAAAAUAAAGAUGAAGAAAAAGCUGAAGAUAAAACUGAGGAUACUAAAGCUGAAGUUAAUGAUGUCGAAAGUAAAGAAGAUAAGGAUGAAAAAGUAGAGACGAGUAAAGACGAAGAAAAAACGGUGAUAAAAGAAGUAGAAAAUAAUGAAGAUGUAUUGAAAGAUAAGGAAGAUAUAGUAAAUGAUAAAAAUAAUGGUGACAAGACUGAUAAAGUCGAUGAUACGGAUACUUUAGAUACUAAAAGUAUCAAUUGCUCAACUAGCGUAAUUAAAAGCACUGACGAUUGUACGAGUGUUGAAAUAAAUGACGAUGAUAAUGAUAAAUUAGCGGAUGAUUUAAUAAAUGGUGACUGUGCUGCCGAUAAAAUUAUUGAUGAAGAAAAGGAAGAGGUUGAAGAAAAGCGGGUGGAAAAACAGGAAGAGGUGGAAGAAGAAAAGGAGGCUGAAGAAAUAAAAGAGAAAGAAGAGGGAGAGGAGGGAGAGAAAGAAGAGACGAGUAAGGAAGAACAUUCAAGCGAACCGUCCAAUAUUUCUACUAUAAGUGAUACAAUCGUACCAGUGAUUUCGACAGAGGAUGUAGAAAUAAAUGAUAGUAAUAAUAGUAAAAAUAUAAAUACGAAUACUGUUACAGUAGUUGAUGAUAUGCAAGUGCCAAAUACCACAAAGACACAAACACAACAAUCGAUACCAACAAUAUCAACGGUCUGUGAUGCAACUAAAAGUUUAUCCGAUGGUGUGCCUCAAGUUAAUUCUAAUGUGCUCUCAAUGGACAAUCCACUCAACCCAAGUGUCAGUGAUAUACAACUAAAUACUAUUGCUGGUUCCACUGUUCCUGCUCCCGCUGCUGCUGCUGCUGCUGAUCACGAUCACGAGCACGUUGAUCCACAUCGCAGGUCUAGUCUGCCAAUAGUAUCAGCAUCCGAAGCUGACGUAGACGAUCCAAGUGUCAGUGCUGGUGUCGGUGCUAGUGCUGGUAGUGGUGAUGAAACAGUUGUUGUUAACGGUGACAAUAAACGAACGGUUAUUAUCACUAAUAAGAAAAUAUCUUCGCCACAAAAAAGACCACGCAGUGCCUCAACAUCCACUCAAGUAGAUCCCAAUCAUUUUGAAUCUAAAAGAGCGAAACAAGGAAAUGGAACAAAUAGACCGAUGUUUAGUCCAGGACCAAGUCGACCACCAUUUAGGAUACCCGAAUUUAAAUGGUCUUAUAUACAUCAAAGAUUACUAUCCGAUGUUUUAUUUUCACUGGAAACAGAUAUUCAAGUUUGGCGGAGUCAUUCAACGAAAUCAGUUCUGGACUUUGUAAAUAGCAGUGAAAAUGCUAUUUUUGUCGUCAAUACCGUUCAUUUAAUUUCACAAUUGGCGGACAAUUUAAUAAUUGCCUGCGGUGGUUUAUUGCCAUUAUUGGCAUCUGCAACCUCACCCAACAGUGAACUCGACGUAAUUGAACCAACUCAGGGUAUGCCGAUUGAAGUCGCAGUGUCAUUUCUUCAAAGGCUAGUGAAUAUGGCCGACGUCCUGAUCUUCGCCAGUUCCCUGAACUUCGGCGAACUUGAAGCCGAAAAAAAUAUGUCCAGCGGUGGAAUUUUACGACAGUGUCUACGUCUGGUCUGUACUUGUGCUGUUAGAAACUGCUUAGAGUGUAAAGAACGUGGCAGAACUUACAGCAUGUUAGGUCGUCAAAUCGGUACUAGUAAUAAAUCACAGCACAUACAAUCUCUUAUACGUGGAGCACAAACAUCACCAAAGAAUAUUGUAGAUAAUUUAACGAAUCAGUUGAGUCCGGUUAAAGAUCCGGAAAAAUUACUACAAGAUAUGGAUGUCAAUCGUCUGAGAGCUGUUAUUUACAGAGAUGUUGAAGAAACUAAACAGGCACAGUUUCUGUCUCUGGCGAUAGUUUACUUCAUCUCUGUACUAAUGGUAUCUAAAUAUCGUGAUAUUCUUGAGCCGCCAAUUUCACAACGACCACCGAGUCCUGUUCAAACAAUUCAGACCAACGGUGCUAACAUACGACCAGCGAGUCCUACAGGAGAUGGUAACGGUGGUGGAGGAGGUCGGCCUCUGUUUCCACAGUGGUCUCACCACGUGUAUCCUCAGUUCCUUCCGGGUUCUCACCCCAACGCCAAUGCAAAUCUAAAUGCCAACCACCAUCACAUCAGCCAGCACCACCACCAGCACCCGCUACCACCACCGACUGCCAGGCACUCAAAUCGCCAGAAUCCCUCAAAUUAUUACAUUCCAAACCAUCAUAGCAAUCAUUAUAAUAAUCAUCAUCAUCAUCAUCCAAAUAAUAAUUAUAAUAACUAUCAUCGUCAUCACUACUAUCAUCAUCAUAACAACAAUAACAAUAAUAAUAACAAUAACAACAAUAAUAAUCACCAUCACGCGCUUCAAAAGCAUAACGAGCCCCGAAACCUUUAUCAUAGAAAUUCAGGUGUCGGUCUGCAAGAGAGCGGAGGAAUUAUGAGCCAAUCAGGUUCGCAAGAUGAUGGUGAAUACGAAGUCAUAAUUGUUGAUGAAAAUAAUUCGAGUAUACUCGCUGAUCAUGACGUAACGUCAUCUGGGCCGCCUUCGACAAAGGGAGGUCACAGUGGUGUACCUCGGUCACAACCUAUUCUUGAGGAUUACAACACCACAUCUGAACCGUCUAUUGGUUCUUCAAAACGUACAGACGUCCCAAGAUUAACAACUAAGAGUAAUGAUUCAAGUGAAGAAGCGAUGCAUCGUAGCAAUUUAACAGCUGACCCGAGUCCAUCGGACAUAACAACAGACAACGAAAACAAACAUAAUUCCUCGGAGGAAGCUUGGACGGACGUUAAUCUCAAUGAAGAUGCUGAUACUGUACAAAUUAAUAAUGCACGUGAUGACCCACGUAAUAUACACAAUAUCGCACAUUCUCAUGGUAACCAAGACAAUGAAGGAAAUGUAUUGGAACAAGAGUCACUUGGUGAUACAGAACGCGGGGAAAAACCAACGGGAGAAAUAUCCGUUGUACGAAUACCCGAUCGGCUGGUAAUGACAUCAGCAUCCCCGCGUCCUGACGAUUUGCCGAUAAAGAGUCUGGUGGAACAUUUGCCCGUGCCAACGCCGUCACGCGAAGCGUCACUGACACAAAAACUUGAGAUGGCCCUCGGCUCUGUCUGUCCACUACUCCGUGAAAUAAUGGUCGACUUUGCUCCCUUUUUAUCUAAAACUCUUGUCGGUUCACACGGCCAAGAAUUACUUAUGGAAGGCAAAGGGUUAACGACAUUUAAAAAUAGUAAUUCUGUCGUCGAGCUUGUCAUGCUCUUGUGCUCUCAAGAAUGGCAAAAUUCUCUGCAAAAACACGCGGGACUAGCUUUCAUCGAAUUGAUCAACGAAGGAAGAUUACUGUCACAUGCAAUGAAAGACCACAUUGUCAGAGUAGCCAAUGAAGCUGAAUUUAUUCUUAAUCGUAUGCGUGCUGAUGACGUUCUCAAACAUGCUGACUUUGAGUCACAAUGUGCCCAAACACUUCUAGAUCGUAGAGAAGAAGAAAGAAUGUGCGAUCAUUUAAUAACCGCAGCACGAAGGCGUGACAACGUAAUCGCAAGUCGUCUGUUAGAAAAAAUACGUAACAUAUUAUCAAACAAACACGGCGCAUGGGGUUACAUGGAUCCAAUGGCCGCUAAACUAACAGAGUAUUGGAAAUUGGAUGCCUGGGAAGACGAUGCGAGGCGACGCAAACGUUUCGUACACAAUCCUCUGGGUUCAAGUCAUCCCGAAGCAACACUAAAAGCUGCAUUGGAACACGGCGCACCAGAAGACGCGAUUCUCCAAGCACGCGAAGAAUUUCACGCUCAUCUCGCAGCUUCGCGUGCACAUCAGCAGCAGCUACAGUCCGCGGAUCUUAUGGAUGACAGUGAAUUGCUGUCUGACGAUAGGGAUCUUGACAGUGAUUUGACAGGGCCAAUAAACAUUAGUACAAAAGGAAAAAUAAUAGCUCCCGGUAUAGUGGCGCCGGGUAUCAUUUCAAUAACGUCAACGGAGCUGUAUUUUGAGGUAGACGAGGAGGAUAUUGAAUUCAAAAAAAUCGACAGUGAGGUACUGAAGUACUGCGAUCAUCUACAUGGCAAGUGGUACUUUUCCGAAGUACGCGCAAUAUUUUCGCGGCGUUAUCUUUUGCAAAAUGUUGCAAUUGAAAUUUUCCUCGCAAGUCGAACCUCAAUUUUAUUCGCGUUCCCGGAUCAGAUGACAGUGAAAAAGGUGAUCAAAGCGCUGCCACGUGUUGGAGUAGGCAUCAAAUAUGGAAUUCCACAGACUAGGAGGGCUUCUAUGAUGUCACCGCGACAACUUAUGAGGAAUUCAAAUAUGACGCAAAAAUGGCAACGAAGAGAAAUUUCUAAUUUUGAAUAUUUGAUGUUCCUUAACACUAUUGCUGGUCGCACCUACAAUGACUUAAAUCAGUAUCCAGUAUUCCCAUGGGUACUUACUAAUUAUGAAACUAAAGAACUUGAUUUAAGUUUACCCAGUAAUUAUCGUGAUUUAUCAAAGCCAAUUGGAGCUCUUAAUCCCAGUCGAAGAGCUUACUUUGAAGAACGUUUCCAAAGUUGGGAUAACGACAGCAUUCCACCGUUUCAUUACGGCACUCAUUACUCUACGGCAGCUUUCGUCCUUAAUUGGCUUAUCCGCGUGGAGCCAAUGACGACAAUGUUUCUGGCACUACAAGGUGGCAAAUUCGAUCACCCAAACAGACUUUUUUCAUCAAUUGCUCUCUCAUGGAAAAAUUGCCAACGUGAUACAUCUGAUGUCAAGGAACUGAUCCCCGAAUUUUUCUUCCUACCGGAAAUGCUAGUGAACAGUAAUCGUUAUCGUCUAGGCAGACAAGAAGACGGUAGUUCUGUUGGUGAUGUCGAAUUACCACCAUGGGCAUCAUCGCCUGAGGAAUUUAUUCGCAUUAACCGAAUGGCAUUAGAAUCAGAAUUUGUCUCGUGUCAACUCCAUCAAUGGAUCGAUUUAAUCUUCGGUUACAAACAAAGAGGUCCAGAAGCUGUGAGAGCGACUAAUGUAUUUUACUAUUUAACUUACGAAGGAAGCGUUGAUUUGGAAUCAAUAGGCGACCCGGUUAUUAGGGAGGCCAUUGAAAAUCAAAUAAGAAAUUUUGGACAGACACCGUCGCAGUUAUUGAUGGAACCACAUCCACCGCGAAGUUCUGCCAUGCAUUUAUCACCAAUGAUGUUCUCAAGUAUACCAGACGAUGUUUGUAUGACUAUAAAAUUUCCGUCAAAUUCACCAAUUUGCCAUAUAUCUGCAAAUACGUAUCCGCAAUUACCACUGCCAUCAGUUGUUACUGUGACAACUGGACAACAAUUUGCAGUUAAUCGUUGGAAUACUAAUUACGCUGCAUCAGUACAAUCACCCAGUUACGCUGAUACCCCACAAGCGCAAGCUAUUAAUCAGCCAUUAUCAAUGGAUCCUGUUUUAUCGCAAACGUCAAACAGUUCCAACCCGGCAUUAAAACGUCAUUUGGGUGACAAUUUUAGUCAGAAACUUAAAAUAAGGAGCAACUGUUUCGUUACAACUGUGGACAGCAGAUUUUUAGUGGCAUGUGGCUUCUGGGACAACAGUUUUCGUGUAUUUUCAACUGAAACUGCCAAAAUUGUUCAAAUAGUAUUCGGUCAUUACGGAGUGGUGACAUGUUUAUCACGAAGUGAGUGUAAUAUUACGUCUGAUUGUUACAUUGCGUCAGGUAGUGCUGAUUGUACGGUACUUUUGUGGCAUUGGAAUGCACGUACGCAGACAAUUGUCGGUGAAAGUGAAGCACCAGCACCACGUGCUACUCUUACUGGCCAUGAACAGCCGGUUACUGCUGUUGUUAUUUCAGCAGAACUUGGUCUCGUUGUAUCUGGUUCAUACUAUGGACCGGUACUUGUACACACGACAUUCGGUGAUUUAUUGCGAUCACUUGAAGCACCGAGUGGUUUUAUAUCACCAGAAAAUAUUGCGAUGUCACGUGAGGGCGUAAUUGUUGUCAAUUAUGAACGCGGUCAUAUUGCCGCCUUUACUAUCAAUGGAAAACGACUACGUCACGAGUCGCACAAUGACAAUCUUCAAUGUUUACUACUGAGUAGAGACGGCGAAUAUUUGAUGACUGGAGGUGACAAAGGCAUCGUUGAAGUAUGGAGAACAUUUAAUUUAGCUCUGCUAUAUGCGUUUCCAACUUGCGAGGGUAGUGUGCGGUCUCUUGCACUCUCUCAUGAUCAAAAGUUUCUACUAGCGGGUUUAGCAAAUGGUUCAAUAGUAAUUUUCCACAUUGAUUUCAACCGUUGGCAUCACGAAUUUCAACAGCGUUACUGAAAUUACGGUUGCCUUUUCGUCCGUUACUAAAUAAACAAAUAAAUAAAAAAAAAAAAAAAAAAAAACUACAGUAAGAAUUACCGGACGAAAUAUUUGGCAAGUUUAAAAAAAAAAAACUAAAAGUUGUAGCCGAUAAAUUUUAGGGUAAGUAGGAAAAAUUGUACUUAAUUUAAAAGUAAUGUUUUUUUUUUUUUUUUAAAACUUAAAUCACAAAAGUGGUAUCGGUUAAAGUACUUAGUAAUUACAUUAAUAAAAUAAAAUUAGUUAAUUAGUCUUAUAAAAAAAGAAGCAUUUAAAAUAACAAUGAAUAUUUUAAUUUAAAAAUAAUUAAAAUGAAAUAACGAAACAUUUCGUCCGAUUAGUAAAAAGCAUUUGCUACAAAAGCUUGAUAAAAUAAAUAAAAUAAAUAAUAAAAAUUAUUUACAAGCUGAUAACGGUAGCACAGCUAGUCAAUUAUAAAUAAAUAAAUAAAUAAUGUGCAAUGAUUUUAAAAUAAACUAUCAAAUGAUAAAUAAUUAAAAAAAAAAAUGCCAAACGGUGCGUGACUUAUUUUUGUGCACUUACGUACGUGGAUUACGUUAGACUUUAAUCAUGUAAAUAUAAUAAUCUCAAUGUUAUUAUAUAUAAUAAAUAAAUAUAAGUAAGUAUGUGUGCUAAAAAAAAUGUUAUUGCUGUUUAAAGAAAAAAAAAAUCAAUUUCGCGGCUUAAUUAAAAAAUUGUCCACGUACGAUUAUCGCACGCAGUCGUUAUUAAUUGCAAGGAGGAUUUUUAAAUAUUGAAAUUUUUUUUAUCACUUCGCCAUUCCGAUAUCACGUCCUCUUUUUUUUAUUGUUGUUACAAUUUAUUUAUAUUAUUGUUAAUAUUAUUUUUUAUUGUUUAUUUUUAUUUUUAUCAAAGCCGUCCAGCUUAUACGUGAAUAAAUAUUUCCUAUUAAUAUUUUUCGCAUACAAAGUAUACUUAAAACCAAAAUAAAUAAAUAAUUAAUUAAAUAAUUACUUAAUAAAUAAAAAUAAUGUACUUAGGAUUAUAAAAUAAAUCAAUCAUCAUAAUGAUACAUUUUAAUAAAUUAACAAUGUCAAGUAAUGGCUGCUCGCAUUUAAAACCGUCAGAAAUAUAGACUGGUAAAUGACCCAUUAAUUUUUAUAUUUUUUAUUUAAUCAGAUUUUUUUAAAUUUUCACUUUAUAAGAAAGUCAAAUCGCAAAUUAACUGAAGAGUUACUAAUUUUCUCGUAAAUUUUGAAAUUUACAUUUAGUUGUGCGGCCGUCCGCUAGAUGUCGAAAAACGGAAAAUCGUUCCACUUGUACAGCCACGAAAUAAAUUCGCUGUGGGCAUAACCUAGAGAAUUUAUGGGUAUGAAGUUACCCAGUUAUCAAAAUUAAUUAAAAUUGUAAUCUUAAAACAUGGGGGAGGGGGUAAUUAACUCUCAUUUAAUCAAAAACUGCUUCAAAAUUUCAAAGGCUAUGGACCGGGUCCAUACCGGAAUUUUCUAUAAAUAUAUAAAUUAUUUAUUUAAUUUUACGAAUCAUCUGAUUAGAAAUCGGUCAGAAAUUUCUAAACUAUGAAAGAAAUUGAAUUUUUAUUUUACAAUUGAAAUUGGGCAUUUACCUUUCUAGAGUAUAUAUAUCAUAUAUAUACAAUACCUUAAAAUAUAAAAAAUUAGGUUACGUUCCAUUGGAGUCCCAGUAAGAGAAUGAACGGGAAUUCGCCCCCACUACCUAACAUUUUCAAACUGCGCAUGUGCAGGGAAAAGUGGGAGAUUUAGUGCUCAAACUACAGAGUGGGGGUAAAAACCGAUGACACCCGAAGUUCAAUCUCUUACUGGACAAUGCAUUGACGGUGCGAAUAGCCAACGAUUGCUCUCAAUAAAUAAUUGGCAUUAAAAAAAAAAGAAUUGUUUAUAUUUUUUUUUUAAUAGGACGGCAUGUGCUUUUUACAAUAAAUAUUUAACUGCAAAAAAACAAAAAUAUUUCUAUAUUAUAAUAUGAAAAAAAAAGUAUUGAUAAAGAGUAUCAAUUUUUUUGUACUAUAAAUGCUUGGAUACUUAAAAUGAAUGAGAGAAUGUCUGUUAUAAAAAGAUACUUAAUUAAUGCUAACUGUAAAUGAAACUAGUCUAGGGGCCACUUAAAACAAGCAAAUAAAUAUAUCAUAAUAAAAAUAGAUUUUUUUUGUUACCUCAAUGACUAAUCAGUAAAUAAAUCGCCGAAUUUAUUUAAACAGUUUGUUUUUAUGAGCACACGCGGCUAGUCAUUUAAAAAAAAAAAAAAAAAAUAUAAUAAAAUAACAGUCAGCUGUCGUUAUGCUUCGUACACUUGUAGUAAUUAAUUUAAAUAACACGCAUGUUAAAUUAUUUUAUUUAAAAAUAAAAAAAAAUGUGAAAAUGUUUUGUCGUAUUUAAAAUAUAUAUAAAUAAAAUGCUUUGUAUGGGAAUGAAGUCGACUGGUUUUUAUUGAAAAAAAAAACAUUCCAGUUGCAUUUAUGUAUAAUUAAUUAAUUGAUUAAUUAAUUAAUUAAUUAAUGCUGCUCACAAGCUCGUAAAAUUAUUGCGAAGUAAAAAAAAUUAAAAGAAUGCAUGAUCGCGAUUAAACAAAAAAAUUUUUAUAUUUGUUUAUAGAAAUAUAUAUAAAUAUAUAAAUAUAUAUUAAUUAUAAUUAUAAUAUUGACAUUAAUAACAAAUAUAUAUGCGAGUGCUGUAUUAUCAUGCAAAGUUGUUAGUAAAUUCCCUCCAUAAUGCUAAAUAAUAAAAAAAAAAAAUAAAAAAAAAAA